AUGUCUCUCCUACUAAACCCUAACCCUUCUUCCCUCCUACGCUCUCACAGGCUACCCCAAAGCUUCCUUCCCAAAUCAGCCAAACCCCACCACGCCGUAAAAUCAUUAUCUCCGACCCACAAACCCAUCUUCUCCGUACGCUUUUCCUUCAACGAGGACCCGCCUUCUAAACCCGAAAACCCGCCGUACGUCGAUGAGUGGGGGGAGAGAAUGGGUCCCGAGCCCGAACCUGAAUCGAAUUUCUCUGGCCCGGAUCCUCCCAAGGACGAGGACGAGUGGGAAGGGGUGUCCGAAAACCUGCCAUACGUCGACGAGUGGGGGGAGAGAACGGAUCCCGAGCCCGAACCCGAAUCGAAGUUUUCGGGUCCGGAUCCUCCCAAGGACGAGGACGAGUGGGGAGGGGUAUCUGGUGUUAGAUUGGGCAACGUAAUCCCGGUCGCCGAUGGUGGAGGAGCUAGUGUGAGCGUCGAUGCAGAAAGCGAGGCCGAUGAGCAGCUCUGGGAGCUGAAACGGGCUUUGCUGGACACUGUUUACGGUUCGGAUUUAGGAUUCCGAGCAUCGGCUGAGGUGCGGGCUGAGGUCCACGAACUUGUCUCGCAGCUGGAGGCUGCGAAUCCGACUCCAGCCCCGACUAAAAGCGCUGGAUUGCUUGAUGGGAAUUGGGUUUUAGUGUACACGGCCUUCUCUGAGCUGUUGCCCCUGCUAGCAGCAGGCAGUAUUCCCUCCGUGAAAGUCGAAAAAAUAAGCCAAUCCAUCAACACAAGCAGCCUUAUCAUAGAGAACUCCACCACAUUAUCGACUCCCUUUUCCUCUUUUUCCUUUAGUGCUUCGGCAUCCUUUGAAGUCCGGAGCCCUUCAAGAAUACAGGUUGAAUUCAAAGAAGGAAAAUUUAAACCUCCUGAGAUCAAGUCUAGCAUAGAUCUUCCGGAAAGCGUUAAUAUUUUCGGGCAGAACUUAAAUUUAUCACCGGUUCAGCAAUCCCUGAGUCCACUUCAAAAUGCUGUUGAGGGCCUAGCGCAGACUAUUUCUGGUCAGCCUCCUCUUAAGAUUCCUAUUCCCGGUGAACGGACAAAAUCGUGGCUUCUAAUCACGUACCUUGAUAAAGAGUUUCGAAUUUCGAGAGGAGAUGGUGGCCUUUUUGUGCUUGUGAAGGAAGGGAGUCCACUCUUGGAUUACUAG